AUGUCAGGAUCAGACUCACAAGAGGAAAAACAAAAAGCAUUUGGAUGGGCAGUUAGAGAUUCCUCAGGAAUCUUCUCUCCAUUCCACUUUACAAGAAGGGCCAAUGGAGAGAAUGACAUCACAAUGAAGAUUCUCUAUUGUGGGAUAUGCCAUUCUGAUUUGCACAUGGCUAAAAAUGAAGUUGGAAUUUCCUUAUAUCCUAUGGUUCCUGGGCAUGAGAUUGUGGGUGUGGUCACCAAGGUUGGCAACAAGGUGAAAAAAUUCAAGGUCGGAGAUAAAACAGCUGUGGGCUGCAUGGUUGGCUCCUGUGGUUCAUGUAAUAGCUGCCAGGAUGACUUAGAAAACUAUUGCCCCAAAUCGAUCAACACUUACACCUUCUUUGAAUGGGAAGGAACUAAAAACUACGGCGGCUAUUCCAACAUCCUUGUCGUAGACGAGCACUUUGCUGUCCGAUUCCCCGCCAACCUCUCACCAGAAGGCGGUGCCCCGUUACUUUGUGCCGGUAUCGCAGUUUAUAGCCCUAUGAAGUAUUUCGGCCUCAGUGAGCCAGGGAAGCAUUUGGGUGUUGUAGGGCUAGGUGGAUUAGGGCAUGUGGCUGUGAAGUUUGCCAAGGCUUUUGGUAUGAAGGUAACGGUGAUAAGUACAUCCCUGUGCAAAAAAGAGGAAGCAUUAGAACAACUUGGUGCUGACUCAUUUUUGGUUAGCCGUGACCCGGAACAAAUGCAGGCUGCUGUGGGCACAAUGGAUGGCAUUCUUGAUACAGUCUCUGUGCCUCAUGCUCUGCAACCUUUGAUUGAUCUUUUGAAAUGUAAUGGGAAGCUUAUAAUGUUAGGGGCACCAGACUUAGAGAAGCCAGUUGAAUUGUCUGUUCUGCCUCUGCUUCUUGGGAGGAAGCUUAUAGCAGGAAGUGUGACAGGGGGCAUGAAGGAGACACAAGAAAUGAUAGAUUUUGCAGGAACUAAAAACUACGGCGGCUAUUCCAACAUCCUUGUCGUAGACGAGCACUUUGCUGUCCGAUUCCCCGACAACCUCUCACCAGAAGGCGGUGCCCCGUUACUUUGUGCCGGUAUCGCAGUUUAUAGCCCUAUGAAGUAUUUCGGCCUCAGUGAGCCAGGGAAGCAUUUGGGUGUGGUAGGGCUAGGUGGAUUAGGGCAUGUGGCUGUGAAGUUUGCCAAGGCUUUUGGUAUGAAGGUAACGGUGAUAAGUACAUCCCUGAGCAAAAAAGAGGAAGCAUUAGAACAACUUGGUGCUGACUCAUUUUUGGUUAGCCGUGACCCGGAACAAAUGCAGGCUGCUGUGGGCACAAUGGAUGGCAUUCUUGAUACAGUCUCUGUGCCUCAUGCUCUGCAACCUUUGAUUGAUCUUUUGAAAUGUAAUGGGAAGCUUAUAAUGUUAGGGGCACCAGACUUAGAGAAGCCAGUUGAAUUGUCUGUUCUGCCUCUGCUUCUUGGGAGGAAGCUUAUAGCAGGAAGUGUGACAGGGGGCAUGAAGGAGACACAAGAAAUGAUAGAUUUUGCAGGUAAGCACAAUAUAACUGCAGCUGUUGAAGUUAUUUCGAUGAACUAUGUGAACAUAGCUAUGGAGCGACUAGCGAAAGGGGAUGUCCGCUAUCGGUUUGUCAUUGACAUAGCAAACACCUUGACUACUUAA